CAGCAUUGCCAAAUUGCUCUGAUUACAUGGCUAUCAAUGCCUCCGUGCAUUGCAUGUUCCUGACGGCCCAUGGCAUAGAGACUGAUUGGCCAGGCUGAAAUGGACUCACUGAAUAUCAGAAGUUCUGGAGUCGCCGAGCGAAAAGCGGGGCGGACCAAAAGUUGUCAAUCUCACAUGGUCUGCGAACCGUCCCUCCGGAGCCCGCAAUAACUUUGAUCAUAUCCUACUGGUUUGGCAGAACCUUCACUAACGGGGCAUCGAAAAUGCGUAACGAGGUGUCAUCCUUAUAUAAUUGGAGAAUGGCCCAUGUGGGGUAAAGUACUAUACUCGUACGUUCUUCUUGUGCCAGCGGCGGGCAAGCCUCUGGGUCCCGAAAAAUUUAAGGUUGGGGCAUGUUGCGUCCUAUAUAUCUUCUUUGUUCUCUUGUUCGGCAACUCAACCGCAACCCGAUUAUCUUGAGUCAACAACCUACGGUAGACAACUAGUCGCCAAGUGAGGAUAAAGACAGGACGCCUCUUAGGUUCUAGAAAGCCAACACCUAGUCGCCGAUCAUCGUCGCUCUUCCCGUCGUGAGUCUUUUUUAUCUGGAUUGACCACAGUGCCCGCCUUUCACUUGCGUUGGCGAGUAACUUUUUGGAAAACUGCUGCAACGUGUGCCCAGCUCUGAAACAGAGGCAUUUUCCCUGCCGAUAAUAAGAAGCAAACGCAAAUCAGGAGAUAUCCAAGUGUCCACAUAAGAAAGCCGUACACCUAGGCUGUGCCUGUGCCUGUGUUGUCCUGUUGUAUGUUUCGAUUACAGCGUGGUUAAAACACAAUACUUGGUAGUGUCGACGUCGAAAUACAAUAUGGCGGUUUCACACACGAGAACAUACUGGCAGUCCCACCUGCAAGAACUUUGUGCUUCCAAACGCAUACCCUCUCCUACCUACGAAGUUUACGAACAUAGCGGCGGAAGCAUACCCUCACCCCCCAGUCCCGACCCCGGACCGGUAGCAUCACCGCACUCCGGGCAAUCAUGGUACUCCUGCGUCGUUAGUGUAGCGGGCAGAGAAUACGAGACCAGUUAUGUGUACAAGGCCGAGGAAAACGCCAAAGAAAAAGCUGCGAAAAAGGCCUACGAAGCUCUGAAUGCCACUACCUAGGGGUGACCUCCCCGUGCCUGUGCCGACAGGGCUGGUUAGAGAGGGGGGAAUGGCAAUUGUGGCCACUAGAUGCGAAGGGACCUCGUGCGCUGUGCAGGCACACGGGAGCUGGCACUGGACGGAUCUGGUCGGACAGGACCUGGUUUUUCCUGUCUUUCGUUAUGGUAAAUCUGGAACACGCACCUAGUACGGGCAUCAAUAGCUCGAUUUCUGAUCUCUCAAUCUUUUCGUUCCUUUCUCUCUCUUUUUUUUCUCUCCUUCCUUAUAUUCCCUAUUAUUAAAUUUCUACAUUAUUAUCUUCUCUUUCCCCCUUUUUCCCUUCCCACCAAAUUU